CUAUGGAGGUGGAGGCGGAGGCAGAGAUAACGGCAACAGUAUAUAUACAUCAUCUGUGUGCAGAGCUUUAAACUACCAGCUGAAGCCAGAGUGGGUGAACAACAUCCUUACAGCUCAAAGAAAAGUUUACAUUGGAAGCAAUGGCAGAUGAAAGCUUUAAACAGGAAUUCCUGGAGGUCCAUAACCAGUACAGGAAGCAGCAUCAAGCCCCAGAGCUGACGUACAGUGACGAGCUGUGCAGUGCCGCUCAAAAGUGGGCAGAUCAUAUGCUGGGCGAAAAAUCACUGGGCCACAGUGACACGAAUGAUGGGGAGAAUGUGUUUUAUUCCUUCAGCUCUGUCAAAAAGACACCCACAGGAAAGGAGGCUGUAGACAGUUGGUACAGUGAGAUCAAGGAUUACAACUUUACCACACCAGGACAUCAGCCCCAAACAGGGCAUUUCACUCAAGUUGUGUGGAAAUCAUCCACAGAGCUCGGAGUAGGUCUGGCUACUGAUGGAAACACAGUUUUUGUCGUUGGUCAGUAUAGACCUGCUGGAAAUAUAACCAACGCUGGUUACUAUGAGAAAAAUGUUCUACCUAAAACUGAAUAAGGAUUGUUUUUUUUCCUAACUGGAUUUGUCUAUUGCUAACAUUUAUGAUUUAGCAGAUGCUUUUUAUUCAAAGUGACUUACGUCACCAUAACCAGUUUAAAUUUAAUACAUUGUGAUCAAAUCCUGUGUGUGUUAAUAAAGUAAUGGAUCUUUGCAUCAUAA